CUGUACUCUAGCAUUGCCACAACUUUGCAUUAUGACGUGAAAUAUGCUACCAAAUCUCUCUCUCUAUCUUCACACACACACACACACAAACCCAUAUACAUACGUUCUAAUUGCAUCAACAUACGAUCUAUUCAAUACUCUUUCUCGGUUCUUACAAUCCAUCUAUGCACAGAUCUCUCUUUAGAUUCAAAAUCUCAAAACCCUAAUUUUCCGACAUUUUUAGUGUCUGCAUCCUUGGAUCUCUUCAAUCGUCGUCACUCGGUUUCAUCAUGAUUUCGACCUAAAAUCCCAAAAUUUCGGCUCAAAUUUUACAAGCUUCUUCAAUUAAUCUCGACGCCCCACUAUUAAUUUUUCCUUUCGUAAGUUCCAAGUUUCCAAAUCGAUAUAUACAGAUCUUUGAUCAUGUCGAAAGAAUUCAAUGUCCCGCCGGUGGUUUUCCCGUCCGGUGGAAACCCCGGUGCCGGCGCUCAGCAGCGGAGACUCCCAACGGCGCCGUUCCAGCCGCCGCGAUCAGCAAACCCUGGCAUCCCCUUCAUGUCAUUCGACAUCAGCUCUGCCGCCGCCUCCACCUCCUUGUCCGCCCCACAAUUCGGCGGCAAUAAUAUCGGAAUCGGUACCGGAUUCGAGGAUGAACCACCUCUGCUUGAAGAACUAGGAAUCAAUACCAAACAAAUCUGGAGCAAGUCUGUCUCAAUCUUGAACCCUUUUAGAGUAAAGGCCGAUCUUUAUGAAGAUGCUGACUUGUCUGGUCCGUUUCUGUUCUUGAUGGCCUUCGGAUUGUUUCAACUGCUCGCCGGGAAGCUACAUUUUGGGAUUAUAUUGGGAUGGGUCACUGUGUCGGCUCUGUUUCUGUAUGUGGUGUUCAAUAUGUUGGCAGGACGAAAUGGGAAUUUGGAUUUGUAUCGGUGUGUGAGUUUGAUCGGGUACUGUAUGUUGCCAAUGGUGAUUUUAUCGGCUAUGGCGCUGUUUGUUCCGCAAGGUGGGGUGCCUAUUUUCGUUGUGGCUGGGGUUUUUGUCAUAUGGUCGACUCGGGUUUGCGCGAGGCUUUUGGUGGAGUUGGCUUCUUGUGGGGAUGAGCACCGUGGAUUGAUUGCGUAUGCCUGUUUCUUGAUUUACACGCUCUUCUCUAUGCUAGUGAUAUUUUGAACUGAGUUUGCUAAAAUUCUUCAUGCUUAGCAUUCGGUUGAAUCUCUUCUAUCUGUAUUCCAUACGAUUUUCAUAUUGGUUCCUUUUCAGAGGCUUCUUGUUUGCCUUGGUUUUAAUGGAAAUUCAUUUUUUUUCCUUUUAUUUUUAUAGGCUUACUGGGUCUCUUAGGAAUAGUUUACUGCAUCAUCUGAUGUUAGCUUGAGGCAUUUCUCCCGAAAUGGAAGAAAUUUUUGUAUCGGGUCAUUCUUUAUGUUUCUGUUAAGAUGUUUUAUGUUCAUUUUGGUGAUUGUGCUCGA